UGAUCAGCCAAUGACAGGGAGGACAGCCAGGUUUCAUGAUCGUUGCAUUCGCAGUGAUAUUAAAGGUAGAGAGUAUAUCCGUAUUUGCUUUCAGUUUACACUUUGCUUUCAGGGUUGACACUGAGCAAGCGUUGUUAAAGUGGCUAAUUGCGAACGCCUUCUCUGUCUUCUACUGCUCUUUACAUUUGGAAGACAUCUCAGGAGAUGCAUAGAUGUCAGAUGAAGGAUGCUGAUGUUUUAUGUCUUAUAAUGCGCUACUGCUUUCUAGGUGGCGAAGGUUAUCUCCAUGGCGUUAUGCCCAGAAGCUUCUACACGACAUCUUCAAGUAUUAAAAAGUAGGAUGAUAUCUCACUAACUGCGCUUCAGUCGUAUUUUUCUAUAGACAAUUUCCGAUUGACAUUAUUGGUACAGGAAUAACACCCAACUGAGGUGUAACCCGGAAGAAGAAGCCUGAGGUCGCCAUGGGGAGUAAAGUCAGUGGCAAGAUGGCCGCCGCCGGUAGGGUCGUUCAGGUCGUACGGCCUCACGCACCAUUAAUAAAAUUCCCAAAUCGAAAGGAUAUACCAAGGCCAAAUGUCCAAGAGGCACUGAAAAUGGUGGCUGCCGCCUGCCUGCCAGAAACGCCACCCGUGGCGCAGACCUCAGCACCGUUGCCCCCGCCCUCUACGGCGGGGAGGCCCAUGGUGACACUCAGCCGGCUGCCUGGCAACCCGGACACGGUUACCACGGUGACGGACUUUCCCCAGAGAUACCGCAGGAGGCUUCUGACCAUAGAGGAGAUGGAGUUCAUACAGCGUGGUGGACCUGAAUGAGGGGAAGAUCCAGUGUAAAUCUACCAAAGUCCUUAUCUGUGGAAGUCUGUUUGUGUCUGGGGAGCCCAACCCAUCGUCGUGGGCGCACUGCGUUGUAUAUUAUGGCAGAAUAUAAAUAAAAUAAUUUAAUUUCUGGGGGAAAUUUAUACACAGUUUAUUUUUAAAGGUGUUGAUUGUGGUAUUGCUUCCCCCUUCUGAAUGCAUCCAAGUAAGUGUCUGUCUGUCGCUUCAUUGUUAUCCCACAGAGUUCUUAAGGGAAUAUGGAACUGCGUCCUGCUGAAAGUGGAGAGUAUAUGUCACGUUAUUUUACUUUUGCUUAGAGACGCCUGUUGGUGGCAGCUUAGAAGGAAUGGAAGGUUUUCUCUGUAACUCUCACAGUAACGCUUUAAAUUGGCUUUAAAGCCGAUUUUCCUGGGUGUAGAAUAGCCAUUUCCCCGCACUGGGACUGGAACCCAUGACCUCCUGGCGCAGUCUCAGGUGUUCACCAUCACAGUACAUAUAUGCUGGUGCUUUGCAUAAUGUUGCACAAUUUACGCUACACCCCGAGAGACAGGGGAAGCAGAGGCUGAGUGG